UGCAUUAGAGCGUCUAAUGGGGGCUGUCAGAUUACUAGGCUCCCGUUUUGCCCUUUAGACGUGUGCGUUGGUCACGUGAUUCCCUGAAACCGGCCUGUAUAAACAGUAUAUAAUGAAAAACUGUUACAGUUCGACAGCCCACUCUCUGAAUGUCUCUUUUGAAGUGUUUCUGAGUGAAAUAUUCAUCUUGUAUCCCCUGCUGCUCCUGCUAACGUUAAUUAGCUUCACUGCUGGUUAGCUAACCUUCAAACCGUUAACUACGUUCGAACUGUUGCUGCGCGAGCGCUCUGUUUCUAACGGUCCACAUUCGAACGAGCUCAGGAGACAGCUGCUGCCAACUCCAACUGCUAACAGAACACCUGAAACUAAUAGCAGUUUGCUGGUCCUGCUGUUACCUGGUCCCCCUUGGAGGAUUUAUGUCUGCUUUUAUAACACCAAGGACAGCUGAAGAGAGUCUGGAAAUAUGGGGAGCAGAGAGUGAGGGAGGACAUGCAGUAAAUGGUCAAGGCUGGAAUCGAACCUGUGACCUUUCUGUGAAUGUUCAGCUCUUUAAUAUGGUCAGCUGAAGAGAGACAGGAAAUAUGGGGAGCAGAGAGUGGGGGAGGACACGCAGUAAAUGGUCAAGGCUGGAAUCGAACCUGAGAUCUUUCUGUGGAUGUUCAGCUCUUUAAUAUGGACAGCUGAAGAGAGACAGGAUACGUGGGGAGCAGAGAGUGGGGGGUGAUGUGGUCUAGGCUGGAAUCGAACCUGGGACCUUUCUGUGGAUGUUCAGCUCUUUAAUACGUCAAGUGAGGAAAAUGUGGCAGCGGGGGAAACCACUGGACCAUGUGCUCCCUUCAGUCUGCGCUUCCAGCUGACACUCUGAUGAGAUGCAAUCAGCCCCCUCCACCCCGACUGGUCCAUGCUGAGGCUGUGAUUGACUCCCCUCUCCCACUCCAGAUGAGCGUGCCUCCUCGUCAGGGCGAGCAGGUUUGGAGCUGAAGGUGUUGCCAGAGAACUGACGUCUGGACGGGAAGGAACAGGAGGAAGCCCCUUUAACAGAAGACACACUUCUGUGGACGUGAGAGAGUGCUCGUGAGUUUGGAGGAAGCUAUAAAGACGCUAGCCUUCCAUCUAAGAGCAACAAGAAUCUCAGCUCCCCUCAAUCCAAAGAGUGUGUGAAACCCCCUGCUUCCUGGGAUUGUAAAGAGGACCCAGGGAAGACAGCGUGCUGCCAGCAUCUGCCGGGCUUCCCAGCAUCGCCACCAUGAGUGAGAGUCGAAGGGAAGCGCUGGCGGCAGCGGCGCCGUCGUCCACCACCGCCUCUUCUUCCAUAGCUGGCUCCAACACCACCAACAUGACCGGCCCAGGUAGCGGCGAGAAGGACGAGGCCUUUUCCAAGCUGAAGGACAAGUUCAUGAACGAGCUCAACAAAAUCCCAUUGCCGUCCUGGGCCAUCGUCUCUAUCGCCUUCGUGGCCAUCAUCCUGGUGUUAGCAUGCUGCUUCUGCAUCUGCAAAAAAUGGAUAUUCAAGAAGAAGAACAAAAAGAAGAACAAAGACAAGGGCAAAAACGCCAUCAACAUGAUGGACGUGAAGGACGGAGGGAAAACCGAGGCCUUGAAGGAUGAGGAGGAUGCCGAGACAGGGCUGACUGAAACGGAGAAAGAGGCCGAGCCCAAGGAGGACCAGAAACUGGGCAAAUUACAAUACUCCCUGGAUUACAAUUUCACAGAGAACACGCUCAUGGUGGGGAUCAUCCAGGCUGCAGAGCUGCCCGCCAUGGACAUGGGCGGCACGUCUGACCCCUACGUAAAGGUCUACCUGCUGCCGGACAAGAAGAAGAAGUUUGAGACCAAAGUCCACAGGAAGACCCUCAACCCUACCUUCAACGAGCAGUUCACCUUCAAGGUCCCCUACGUGGAGCUCGGCGGAAAGACGCUGAUAAUGACCGUGUACGACUUCGACCGCUUCUCCAAACACGAUGCCAUCGGCGACAUCAAAGUCCCCAUGAACAAGGUGGACUUCAGCCACGUAACGGAGGAAUGGAGGGACCUGCAGAGCGCCGAGAAGGAGGAGCAAGAGAAGCUGGGCGAUAUCUGCUUCUCCCUGAGAUACGUGCCCACCGCCGGCAAGCUGACCGUGGUCAUCCUGGAGGCCAAGAACCUGAAGAAAAUGGACGUGGGAGGCUUGUCAGAUCCAUACGCCAAGAUCCACCUGAUGCAAAACGGCAAGCGGCUGAAGAAGAAGAAGACGACAAUCAAGAAGAACACCCUCAACCCUUACUACAACGAGUCCUUUAGCUUUGAGGUCCCCUUUGAACAAAUCCAGAAAGUGCAAGUUGUUAUAACUGUUCUGGACUAUGACAAGAUCGGCAAGAACGAUGCCAUCGGAAAAGUCUUUGUGGGCCUCAACAGCUCGGGCACGGAGCUGCGCCACUGGUCCGACAUGCUGGCCAACCCGAGGAGACCCAUCGCCCAGUGGCACGUGCUGAAGCCCGAGGAAGAGGUGGACGCCCAGCUCUCCUCCAAGAAAUAGGCGGGGCCCCUUUCAGCACCUGCCUUGUAGUACUCUUUAGCCAGUAUGUGUAAAUACCUCAGUGAUAUAUGGGUCCAUCCAUGACACCCCCCUUCCCUUCCCUUCCCCUACGCUCCCUGAAAUCACAAUCAAUCCUACGUGUUCAAACUUCUUCUGCUUUUUUGAUCAGGUUCCCACCUUCUCUUUGCGUCCUCUCUCGUUUCGCAGGUUUUGUUUUCCAUCUCUGUGCCCUUAACUGCCCCCGACCAAAAGCCCCCUUCUUUUAAGCAAUAUGAUCUGUAUAGAUAGCGCAUGACUGAAAGAAUUUAUUGUACCACAGUUGUAUAUAUAAGUAUGCAGACAAAAUGAUUUCUAGUUUAUGUGUUUGUAUGUUGUUACCCGUUUCCUAAUCUGUGUAUAUCUUGAUGUUUUUAAUAAGAUGUUCUAUUUUAAAUUAUGUAAAUGCAGAUAUAGAGGAAAGCCAAUAUUAUAUAUCCCAGGAUUUAAAAAUUCUACCUUAUUACCUUAUCGCAUUCCAGAAAAUAAAAGAUCUCAACCUGCAAGACACUAGCAGACAUGUACUCAACUCUUGUAAAUGUCUGGCUUUAAGUUCAGCUGUGGAGCAUCAAAGUAAAACAGACGAAUAAAAAACACAAAAGUCCAAAAUCAAAGGUUCAGAGGGAGAAUUAUGCUGCUGGAAAUUACACAAGCACAUGAUUUCUUACAACUUUUUCUACUUCUUUCUCAAUCAGAGGACAACUUUGUUUAGCUCGAUGCACACUGUUACAAGAUAGUUAAUGCAAACCAGUCAGCAUUACGUUCUCCAUAUUCGGCAGUGGAGUAGGUCUGAGUUUUAAAGGCCACACUGGCUGUUUCCCUUUUUUCCAAACAUGGAAAAUACUGCCUCUUUAAAAAAAGAAGAAGAAGUCGUUCCUCAACCCUUCAGAAACAGACUCCAUGUUAAAAAAAGCACCAAGCUGUAGCCAUUGUGUCCUUAAGCAACAAUAUUUUGUUAACUGCUUACUUUUAACAGCCUUACUGUUGUUGGAAGUAUCUUACAUUCACAGCCGGAGUCCGAUCUUUGAGAGGGAGGUUAAAAAACACUGAAGGAGUCGUGACUCUGGUUUUAAGAGGACUAUUUUUUAGAGCAAUUCAACGUCUUGACUAUUUUUAGUAAACUGCAUGAUUUUUUUUACAAUCUUUCCUAAAGGCUGGGACGAGGGGGGGAGAUCUACCGACACCAGGGGCUGUCUCUUUCUGAAACGCUCCCCUUGCCUUCAAUCAGAGGAGAGGACAGAGAGUUAAAUCAGAGGGAUGUUUAACGCGUGGGUCGGCGUGCUCGGCGAGCGCGUCGACGCCGAACGAAGCGAGUUCUAAACACUGCCAUUUCCAGGGAGGCGACUUAUGUAGAGCCCCCUCCCUUCAUGCACACUCCCACUUGCUAGUGGUUGUAGCUUUGGUUUAUCGGGAACAAUGUCUUUGGCUGCACUGGUGCCCUGAAUCGCAGUCUUUGCUUUGCGUUGCCUUCUCACAGUGACAAUAGAGCUAGCCAUGUUUUACUGCCAAUUUUAACUUUUAUGUGGCUGCUGUUUUUGCACUGGAUGUCUUUGAACUAGCUUGUUGACUUCUUUAGCUGGGAAUCUUUUGGACAGUUGUUGGCUUGCUUUACUUCAGGACACCUGCAGGUGGAGCCAGAGAUCCAGAGGUCCAGAGGUCCAGAGAUCCAGAGAUCCAGAGAUCCAGAGAUCCGCCUGCUUGAUUGACUUAAAAAAAGAUUAAACCUACGAUGACAAAUCAGCCGACAGCAGUUACAUCUGUUUGGUCUUCUUGUUGGCGCCGGACUACACCAAGAGUAGCCGUGCAGUUAGCGGUCUGCGCAGGCGAUUAAGAGUCCACUUUGUCCUUUACUACGGGUCCAAUUAGGAGAGGAGUUCGUUUUAAUCCAUGAAAACCAUGAAGUCUCUUAUCUUGGAGGAACCUCUUGCAUAUACUCGAUGCUAGCUUCAGGAGGACUUUCUAAAUGUUUUCAAUGUUAUUGUGUAGUUGAUAGCACUAUUAUGAAAAAGCUACUUGUCAUUCCAUAUGAGUCUCUGAGGACUGCUUUGUGUAUCACUGUGACUGCCGUGUGUGCUUAGAGAUGUAGACUUAUCAGUAGGUAGCGAAACCAGUUUGUUCUGUAGUGAUGUCGUAGCGUUUAAUGCCAUUUCCCUUCUACACGCAGAGGAAGAGCGAGCGCGUGGCGUCUGAUGAAAAGCGCGCGGCAACUUUUAAAAAAUUAAAAACAGGUUUGAAUCGAGCGAGCGGGACGCUUCACAGCAUUUUGUUGAGCACUGUGCAAUACUUGUAUGUUCAUCCCAUAGUGUCGACGUGAGUGGCGUUGCCUGAGGAUGAAGAUUCUAAGGACGAAACCCGGUCCAGAGAGACGCGUCUGGGUUAGGACACACAGCACACGUAGAUUCAGCGCACAGGUAGAGCACCUCCGUUUAGGGUUCCCUCCCUUUUUCUCUCACAGGUUACUUUUCUCUUCUUGCACACAGUUCCAGCAUCAGGAGUUUCAGGGAGUGUUAUUUAAUACCGAUCUAGACUCGACGUCCAAAUAUCCCCUUACUUUGCCGUGUAUAUAUUUACAUAACCGUGUCAAACAUGUGUAUUUAGACUAAUAUAAAGUGACAUGAAGAUGAUUACUCAACCACAAAUAUCAUAUCUAUCUCUAUAUAUCUUACACAUCCUUUUAUUUUCAUUCUAACGUUUGUUUCAUUGAUUUAAGAACAGACCUAUUGAUUCAAAAUCUCCUUUUCUAUUUGAGAUGAAAACUCUGAAUGUACAGUACGGACUGUGUCGGUGUUCAUUAAACAUUAGAUGUACUUUGCACUUUCUUUUGUAACAAAUGUUUAUUUAUUUCAACAUAUUUAAUAACCCUUGAUGAUCAUAUACUGAAAUCCAGCUGAACGUCUCGUCCCGCUCUCACCAGGAGACUCUUUAUUUGACAUGUUUCACGUCUGUAGAUGAAUCAGUUUCAGUACAGCUUCAGAUCUACAAACGAACGCAAGGAUUUCAAAGUAAAGGCUCUUUAAAAAGUGGCCGAAGAAAUUAUAAAUUCAUGUGAAAAGGUUGCACAAAAGGAAACGAUCUGAUCAAAGCUGGAUGAUAUCAAACAGAAUUACCACACGGGGGGAGUUUAAGUAACAGCUGCCUAAAAUCAAAUCCUGAAUCCUCCUCUUGUAAAAACGUUCGAUCUGUGUGACAAGAUCCCCUCCAGUGACACGGACGGACCUUUUCAAACAAAGCUGUGUAAAGUAUUAGAAUCUGAUGCUGUAGAAAGAUCCUAGUUGCCUUUGUGUAUAUCAACUGCCUGCUUGAGUAUUUUGUGUGUGGAACUUUUCUCUGUGAUCUCGUAGAACUGUUUGGGGUGUUUUUUCCUGCCAUAUCGCUCGCGGUGACGGCGAGCCGCUGACGGUUAUAUUUGCUGUGUAUACCUUCAUUUUUGACGAGGUGUUUUACAGUUUUGUUUCACUUUGUGUAGUGAUUCACUCUGUGGAGUUUUCUGACUGUUGUUAUAUAACUUCAUAUACACAAAUGAUCAAUAAAAAUGUUUUAUUUCCUGUUGAUA